AUGUCCGAGGUUGGGGACCUCGUUUACGUAGUGGUCCGUAGUGAGGGCCGGGAUGUGCCUGUGGCUGGAUGGGCCGUGAGUUUGCCAAAAACUAACAUCAUUGUUGGCACUGCGCCGGAAGCGGUGGAGAUCAUAGGCCAGAAGAAGGUCGUGGGGUCUGGUGAGAAGGCUGUGGCCUUCUUGAGGGUCCCGCAGACUUCUACUACCCUGUGCCAGCCGGAGGGCUGGUCAGGGCUUCGACCGAAAGAUCUGCCUUCGCUGAGCGAGUGCCAGACGGGUUGGAAGAGGGGCAAUGCGGCGGACAUCGAGAGCAGCGAGGCCGAGUGCCCAGUCACUGCCAAGAGUCGAAAGCAACGCCCGGGCGAGGACGACGACGAGCCGGAUUUGAAGCAAGUUAUGCUCCAGAGUCUGGCAAAGGGAGGCGAUCCAGGCCAGACGAUGCAGCUCCUAAUGAUCUCGGGAGAUCUCCUUGGUGGUACGUCCUCCGGAAGUUCGGACGACGAGGAGGGGGACGGCAAGCGAGGGAUGAAGGCCGUGGUGACCUUAAGAAAGCUGCGCGAGGAGAUCCAUCGGAGGCCACGCCGUGUAUGGGAGAACUUCGAAAAGGAGAUGCGGGAAGAGCUGGGAGUGAUCCCGGGCCAGGCGUGGACGGUCAGAGACUACCUCAAGAGGCAGAAUUGGGGUCGCUUCAAGGGCCUUUACCGUUGUGCUGAGGUCAAACAGAAGAUGCAGGCGGUUUUACACCAGGGCGAUUGGUCCACCGCGUGGUUGCUCACGGGGUUGAGCGACCCCUUGCAGAAGAAGGAGUGGGCAGGGAGCAAAGAGGAGAUGGCUGUGAUUUCGGGCUACCAAGAAGCGGUGCUGAAGUUGCGCAAGAAGGUCUCCGAGGCCCAAGGACGAGCGGAGGCCGAGGAAGACGAAGCGGCCACCGCGAGUACCUUGCUGGAACGGUCCGGCAGCUCGAUAUCUCUUUUCCCGUGUGCCCUGCCUUACCCGGAGGUCCUCCAAACCGGAGGCGCUUUGGAUGGCCGAGCGGCUGCAUUAUGGUGGAGCAAGGCCUCGCUCAAUGCGUUUGUGGCCUGGUCCAACUUUGUGGUGCUUGGUUGUCCUCGUCCGGGAAGCAGUGGUUACGAGCCGCGAGUGGGCUACAGAAGCGUACAAGACGCUCGGCUUUUUGCUGAUAGGCUACUUGGCGAGAUGGAGGAAUUUGCAUCUGAGGACGUAGUCUUUGAAACUUUAGAGUGCAGUGGGAAACGCGCGCUUCUUGAGGAACUGAUUGGCCAGGUCCCGGGUGCAGUUGCAGGCUACCCUGAUGAUCGUGCCCAGGUUGGUGCGAUCUCUUCGGCUUCAACGGCGCUCCCGGUCGUCGCGGAACGCGUGGCGGUGCCCGCUGAGGCUGGCAGUGUUGACCCUCUUGACUGGCUCCCUGUUGAGAGAGCGGAGAUCGUGAAUAACCUGGCAAAGCACAGGUUGCCGGAGCAUUUGUGGGAGAGGGUGCCCCGGGCAUUUCACAAUGUGCCUGAGGCGGAAGAAAAGGUGGUGGCAGAAAAGCUUUUGGCUACGGGCAUGGCGGUGCUUGUCGCCGAGAAGGACCUCCCGAGGGACAUGGAUGGAAACUUGUUGACGGGGGGUUUGUUCAGUGUCCCGAAGAAUGAGUCGGAGGAUAGGCUGAUCUAUGAUCGUCGUCCUGAGAAUGGAACCAUGGUAAAGCUUCCGUGGGCUCGCUUGCCCAGUGCCUGCUGCUUCACUCGCAUGUUGCUAAGGGAAGAUGAGUAUCUGCGUGGUUCAGGGGACGAUUUGCGGAAUUAUUACUAUUCUCUGAAGCUUCCUGCGAACUGGGUGAAAUACAAUUCGGUUGGCAGGCCGGUGGCGCCCGAACUGGUGCGACAACGCGGCCUGGAUCCCCGCCAGACUUACAGGCUUUGCUUCCGGGUCCUAGGAAUGGGCGACGUAAACGGGUGUGCUAUAGCUCAAGCAACGCAUGAAGCUGUCCUGCAGAAGUUCGGACUUCUGCGAGCUGAGAACCUCCUGGUGUACGGCCAGCACGCUCCUAAGUCAGAAGUUUGGGAAGGUGUGUACCUAGAUGACCUGCUGAUCACAGCGAAAGUGCGGGCAGGAGGCCCUGUCGCGCAAGAUGGUUCGUUUUGUCCUCGUGAACCUGAGGCUGGAGACGAGGAUGUGAUGAAGGUUCGGGCGGCCGAGGCUGCCUACCUGGAGGCAGGUCUGGAGAGGGCAGUGCACAAGGAGUUUCGUAUGCUGACGCAGUUCCGGGCUUGGGGAGCUCACGUAGACGGUGUUCGAGGCCGUGUGGGCGCCCCCCUGGAGACCAGACGACAGGUGUGGAAGCUGACGUCGGCGAUAGUUAGAGUUGGCCGUGCAACAAAGGUGAUACUGCAGAAACUGGCAGGCUUCUUGGCCUUCAUCUUUGGCUUCAGGCGCGAACUGUUCUGUCUCUUGCAUCACUUUUUCAACUUUGUGUCGAACAUGAAGGAGGGGAUCUGGAUUCGUUUGCCCGAGUUCUUGCUUGAUGAAUUACGCAGUGUGGCUUUGCAUCUUCCAGUUGCAGUCUGGUGUAUGCGCAAGAAGCUCUGCUGUUCCCUGCUGGCGACAGAUGCUACGCCGACAAGCGGCGGGGCGGUGCGGGCACAGAUCCAGCCGGACCUUGCCCAGGAACUCUGGAGACGAAGUGAGAUUAGAGGCAAGGCAGUGCGUCUGGAUCGGCAGGAGCCCCCCGACUUGAUGGAGGAGGAGCCGGUGCGCCCGUCCUUGUUCGGCAGCCGGCUGGCGGAGAGCUUGGAGUGGUCAGCCACGGCCAGUUAUAGUUUCCGGCAGACGUCCCAUGUGAACUUGCAAGAGUAUCGAGCUCUAGGUCGUGAACUCCGGCGCUUCUGCAGCGACUUGGCCAAUGCAGGCACGAUCCAGCUGGGCUCAAUGACUCUUUUGUUGUGGUCUGUGUGGUUGCUAAAGGAAGGUCUAGUUCGUAUAAGUUGA